GCUGUCGCCGGGGCGCUGCCUCCUCCCCCUUCGGCGCCAUCUUCUGACGUGCGGGCGGCGUUGUUUGGCGGCGGGCCUCUCAUGGCCAUCUGUCAGUUCUUCCUGCAGGGCCGCUGCCGCUUCGGGGAGAGGUGCUGGAACGAGCAUCCCCGCGGCGGCGUUCGAUACGGGCCCUCCGCGCCCCUCUACCAAGGUACAAGCAGAGGAGGAGGUGGAGGAGGAUGGGGUAGCACUAACCAGAGAUACAGUAAUGUUAUCCAGCCAUCUACCUUUAAGUCUAAUGUGUGGGGUGGAAGCAGAGAUUACGGAAGAGGACUUUCUGUCUCCUCUGGCUUUGGAUCAUCAGGCGGCAGCAGCGGAAAUGCAGACUUUUCACAGAACAGAUUCGCUGUAUUAGGGAACAGUCAAAACAUUGCUGAUGGCUACAAAGAUGAAGAGGAGAGACUUCUUGAAUGUGUAGUGAAAGACAUGGAAAUUUGGGAAUCUUCAGGACAAUGGAUAUUUUCAUCUUAUUCACCAGUGAAAGAAAAGUUGAAUGUCUCAGGCUUUCGAGAUUUCUCACCAGAAGAGCUGCAUCUGGAGUACUAUAACUGCAGAGCAAACAAUAACAUUCAGAACUAUAUAAAUUCUGUCCAACAGUUAGCGGAACAAUGGAAAACUCGACUGCUUCAGUUAAAAGUUUUAAAUGCAUCAACAAAAGCAGCCUUGCUAUCCGAACUAAAGAACACAGUCACUCAAUCAUUGCCUGCCUUUGGAUUUGGAGGACAGCAGUCAUUGAACUUUGGGUUGUCAAGUUUUCCUGUGAUCAGCAGCAGUAGCAGUGUUAACAGUUUCUCCUUUAAAACAAGUUCCAGUCUCGCCAAUGCAUCGUCUGGAAACACCCCUGCUUUUGGGAGCUCUUCUGCUGGUUGUAAUCCUCCUGCAUUUGGUGCGUCAUCCUCUCUUAGCGUAUCCCAGUCUGUUGGUUUUGGCAGCCCAGCAGCUCCAUCUGCAGCCUCCUUCUCAUUUAAAACUUCUGAAACAACUGGUGGUUUUGGAACUUCUGGGUUUUCAGGGUUUGGCACUGCUUCUGCUGUGAACUCUUCAAACAUCGCUCCACUUAAAGGCUUUGGAGAUUUUAGUGCAGCAGUAGCAACUUCUCCCUCACAUUCAAGCAGCACUCUAUUUGGACAGACUGCCAGUGCCUCUGGACAGACCUUAAUGUCAGCGCCUUCUGCAGUCACAAACAAUACUGCAUCAGAAAAGUUAUUUACACCAAAGAGCGAACUGUCAGCUGAAGACUUGAAACAAUUUGAAGCAAAAAAGUUUACAAUUGGAAAGAUUCCUCUUAAGCCACCACCAUUAGAACUCUUAAAUAUUUAGGACUUUUGCGUUUAUUCCGAAAUUACAUGGUUUUGUAACUUCUCCGAUACCUCACUACACCGUUUUGUGAUUGAGAAAUGAAAUAGAGUAAAUCCAAAUGUGAACAAACUUGAGUUAACUUUUGUUUCUUCUCCAAGGCUUCUGCAAUGAUAAACUCAAGAGGUAUAAACAUUUGAACACUUUAUUUUAUAGUUUCUUGGUUAUUUUGAAACGUACCUUUUACAUCCCAAGAAAUGAACUAGUGAACAUUUUAAGUUUCCUUUUCUAUUUUGUACUGUACAAUUCUGGUCAAAAACUAUACUAAGAAGGCUUUGUCAAAAGUAAAAGUGCUUUGCUGAGGUACUCACAGCCUACUGUGAAUAGAAUGCUAGAAAGAAACAGCUGCCACUGCAAGGCUGGUUGUUGUUGGACCACCUUGUCAUUUGGCUCUUACUUGGUGCAGCUUUUGACAACUGUGUUUGGCUCCUAUGUGGUCUCUACCCAGGUACAUCUUCCUGUCACCCAGGAGUCAGUUACCUGUCCCAGCUGAUCCAGUUCAGCUAAUGUUAGCUGUUCUGCUUCAGGUCAUAAUGCACACAUUAGUGUGUAAUACACUUGGGGGAGAACAGCCUCGAAAGUAUUCAUCAUGAAUAAGGAGCUUGCGGUUUGCUAUUUUGCCACCUCUUCGAUCAAACUUUGCAAGCAAUUGCAGGAUUAUGCACUACAUCUGUAUGAAUUGAGAACCAGAGAACAAGCUUCUGUCAAAACUGAUAAGUGCAUAUAUUGGCAAUACCUUUUCUGAAUUAAUUAUAUUAAUGAUAUUUUGCCGAGAUGCUAUAAAGCAGGGGUCAGAAAUUCUCUACAGGAGGUACAGAGUCAGGUGAAGACAACGUUUGUUCUUGACCAGGCCUUCCCAUUAAUGGUUUAAAAUUACUAAACCUCAAGAGGAAAGCAAAAGUUUACCCCAGGAUAUACAUGAAUAAAUUGAUUGUCUCUUUAAUGCUUGAAGCUAACAUUUCAGUUCUUGCUAUGGACCCUGUGGUCUUACUUAAAACUUUGCUAUAUUUGUGCUUCCAUAGCAUACUGGCUUGCUAAGAUAGUGUGAAUGAAUUUAACUUUUAGGAUGACAGGCCAUUGAUGGGUACUGCUGACAUUGUAGAAAUCCAGGUGCUUCAGUCCCCAUGCUCAGUGUCGAUGUUAGAUUACAGUAUUGGGUUGUUUAUAUGGAUUUUUCUGGCAAUUGUUUUGUAGAUGAAAUAAAGUAUCUGGUUUUUAUUGUUGUUAAUGACCCAGGGCAGGCUUCCUGCAGCUCACAAACAAAAUACUGAUGCACUGGCCCAGAGUUCCAUUUAAUUCUUACAAAAUGUGUUUCCAAGUGGGAUCUCCAGAGCAGUACUAAGACUUGUACAAACUAAGACAUGUACAUCUGCCGGGGCUCACUUAUCUUACUUGGAUUUUGACACAGGAACUGAGGAACAUACCAAAAUCUGUAUUUGCAGAAAUCUCCCAUCUUUACAGUUGUUAAGCUCAUUUUUGUAAACAUUUAUUAUCUAACAACAAGCAAACAAAAAUAUGUUUGUGGCUUGUCAGAUGAAUCCCAUAACUGCAUUAACUCAUCCUAUUACAUGCUAUACACUUUCCCCCAUUUCAUUCAUGAAGCCUUACUGAUUCUCGAACCCAACUGUACCAGAAAGCUACCACAUUUUUGUAAAAGUUCCUAUAAUUUCUAUUACUAUUAAAGCAGCAUUCUAACAUGUCAAGAGUAUAUUUUAGGGCAAAAGUACAGAAUUAAGCAUUGCUGAUAACCUUAAGAAUCCUGCAGCAUGUUUUAGAGGACUGUGGAUGGUUUUGCCGUACAUGUAAAGUAACAAUAAUUUUGCAGUCA